AUGGCUGACCCAAUAUCACGAACCCUACUUUGGUUCUCGACGAUAACGACAUCAAUUGGAAACUUUUCUGACCGAGCAUAUGCCACAGGCGGCCCUAUAUUCGAGGAAAGCGAAUCAAGCGCUCUUGAUGUGCGGGCACGGGAGUCAGAUGAGGAGAUAGACGAGACUAGAGAUUCUGGUGCAACCGGACAUGGCGCCUCGCACAAUGCCCCCUCUGACGCUGGCUCCCACACCGGCAACGAAGCUGAGGAGCUCGAAGAUGGGAUGCUUCUCCGCGACUUGCCCAAGAGAACUACUUUUUACGAUCCUGUCGCUGAGCGUCAAAUGAGCCAGACGGACGCAAAAUACUUCUACCACCGAAACAAGGCCGAUGCACGCAACGGUGGUGGGGCUGGCUACCAAUCUAUACCUCAAAGUCCUUUCCUUGCUUCUGGGUCUCGCCCUGCAACCGAAUAUGGUGCCGAUAGUCUGGUGCUAGACUCGAGUGGUCGUCGAGUCGAUUCUGUCCCUCCUGGUUUGGAGAUGCCAAACCCUGCCGUUGACUCAGGUUUUACUCAAUCGCCUACAAAACUCGAUGCGCAGCCUGCCCCAUUCUCACCUAGUCAUCCUUCCGCCCUUCCUCAUGCUGGUCAGGUUGCCCAGGAUCCACGACUGCCUGAUGGCUCCAGUAAUGGCCUGCCCUCUGGUGGACUCUUUGACACUGAGCCCCAUAUCACUUCAGAAUUGAGUGCUAUCUCCAAGAACAUUCAGAGAAUCCUCGACACCAGGCGCAAAUAUAUCGCCCUCUCGAAUCAGGGGCCUGAUGAUAACCCAAGAGACGGCCCGGAUUGGGAAAUUUACCCCCCUCCACCAGAGCCGGCAUGGCAGCAAUCGUCGAGGCAAAGAGCAAGUACUACAGAGCAUGUACCAGGUCAAGAGAAUACUUGCUUGAACGGUAGUAAGGAUGCUACUGGGUCCAAACCAGGCGAGUUGCCCCAGGAGCACCAUGAAGGUAGACGCUCGGCAAGAAGGCGAAAGCCAGGUCAAGAUAUUGGCGAAGAUUUUGAUAUGGCUGACAUAUUGCCUCUGCCGGGCGAUGAUGGACGCUCAUACAAGUUGGACGAUAGCGGAGUCUAUCAAGUAUUCGAAGGCCACGAUACCCAGACGCCUGCGAUCAAGGUUCCUACAAUCAGGGAAUUCUACAUGGACCUGGACGACAUUCUUGACGUCUCUUCUGACGGACCUAGUAAGAGUUUUGCAUUUCGACGUCUCCAAUAUCUCGAGGGUAAAUUCAACCUAUAUGUCCUCCUGAAUGAGUAUCAAGAAACAGCCGAUAGCAAGAAGGUUCCUCACCGAGACUUCUACAAUGUUCGAAAGGUAGAUACCCACGUUCAUCAUUCUGCCUGCAUGAACCAGAAACAUCUGCUUCGCUUCAUUAAGAGUAAGAUGAAGAAAUUUCCCAACGAAGUCGUCCUGUUUCGUGAUGGAAGACAUCUCACCCUAGCCGAGGUCUUUGCUAGUAUUAACCUGACAGCUUAUGACCUGAGCAUUGAUACAUUGGACAUGCAUGCUCAUACGGAUUCGUUCCAUCGUUUCGACAAAUUUAACCUCAAGUAUAAUCCAGUCGGAGAGUCCCGUCUUCGAACCAUCUUUCUCAAGACAGAUAACUUUAUACACGGCCGGUACCUUGCCGAAAUUACCAAAGAAGUCAUAUCUGAUCUUGAGUCAAGCAAGUACCAGAUGGUUGAGUGGCGCAUAUCCAUUUAUGGCAAAUCAAUUGAUGAGUGGGACAAGCUUGCGGCUUGGGUGGUUGAUAACAAGCUGUUUUCGCACAAUGUUCGCUGGCUUAUCCAGAUCCCUCGCCUCUACGACGUCUACAAAGCAAGUGGUCUCAUGGAGACGUUUGAACAGGUGGUCAAGAAUGUCUUUCAGCCACUCUUUGAAGUCACAAAGGACCCAUCAAGCCAUCCAAAGCUGCAUAUCUUCCUUCAGCGAGUGAUUGGUUUCGACAGUGUUGACGACGAGAGUAAAGUUGAGCGUCGGCUGUUCAAGAAGUUCCCUGUGCCGAAAGUAUGGGAUACCAAACAGAACCCGCCAUAUAGUUACUGGAUUUACUAUCUGUACUCUAAUCUGGUAUCGUUGAAUUACUGGCGCAGGAAGCGCGGUUUCAACACGCUGGUCCUGCGACCCCAUUGCGGAGAAGCUGGCGACAGCGAGCACUUAGCUGUUGCCGCCUUGUGUUGCCAUAGCAUCAGCCAUGGACUGCUCCUGCGCAAAGUCCCUCUUCUUCAGUAUGUCUUUUAUCUGGACCAGAUCGGCAUCGCCAUGUCACCGCUGAGUAACAACGCCCUGUUCCUUGCCUACGAGCGGAAUCCUUUCCACCAGUACUUCAAGAGAGGUCUCAAUGUCUCACUGUCUACGGAUGAUCCUCUGCAGUUUGCUUUCACCAAAGAGCCAUUAAUCGAGGAGUAUGCGGUUGCGGCACAGAUUUACAAGCUCAAUUCAGUUGACAUGUGUGAGCUCGCCAAGAAUUCUGUUAAACAAAGCGGUUACGAGUUGUCCAUCAAAGAGCAUUGGUUAGGGCGUGGCUGCAAUAAGCCAGGAAAGGAAGGAAACGCCAUGGUUAAGACAAAUGUUCCUGAUCGAAGGGAAGAAUUCCGCUACUUCACCUUGGUGCAGGAGAGAGACGUGCUGUCGAAAUAUGUCACUUACAAUGCUACAAAUGAGCCUCCUACGCAAGCUUCUGGCAAUGAAAGCAAGAUGUCAGAGUCAGUGACGUCCCUGACUGGCCAAACCGCUGGCUUGGGAGUCGCAACGGGCAGUGAGACUGCCAAUGUCGAGACUUCUUCACCAGUUGGCCAUCACAUUGCAAAAGUCGCAUCCCAAGCUGGUCCGUCGGCCGGCCGAGAUCAAACAUGGUCCAGCGAUCCUAUGUCAGACCAUCAUCUUUCUGGAACCGAUCCGAGAAUGUUCCCAGGCAUUUUUACUCGUGGACACCGCACAGGUAGCCAUCGGAAUCUUGCUCAGUUUAAUGACGACCGUGACACUGAAGACGAUAUUUUCGGCCCCGAAACCUGA